AUGUUCUCGGCACUGGCAAAGACCCGUCCGCGGUAUUUGGCCACAAACCUCGGGCGAAAAGCCACUAGAUCCCACUCGACAAGGGCUUCAUCCUCGAAUACUAGGAUCGCAAUUGCAACUACCGGCUUGAUAAGUGCACCGGGUAUCUGGUGGUGGACAACGGCCCGCGAUGAUGUACCCAACAUUGACAGUUCGCCCGGGGAGCCCUCAGAUGAGCCAAGCCUUUCCCGCGGAGAAGUCAGCCGCAGAUUAUCGAAAGACGCAUUCUCGUACGAGGUCAACAGCAUUACCGGUAUCAAUCGGUACGAUGGCACGCAGCUUGCAUCGAACAGCCCCUGUGAAGACCGAUUUGUCCACGGCAAAUUCUCGCCAUGGAACGAAAGUGACAAGUGGAUGUCUUGGGCUGUCUUUGACGGACAUGCAGGCUGGCAGACUGCUGACUUGUUGACGAAGCAACUCUUGCCUUUUGUCAGAAACAAUUUGAGUCAAAUCAAACCAUCCGCCGAGGGAGUUACCUCAGAUCAGUCGGUCCAGCAUGCUGUGGUGAAGGCGUUUGUGGAUCUUGAUGACUCGAUCAUUCAGACUGCGUUGGCUACUUCUCAGAGCGAGAUGUCCUUGCAAGAAAAGGCGAAGAAGUUGGCACCGGCCUACGCUGGAUCUUGCGCAUUGCUAUCUCUCUACGAUUCUCUCACCUCAACAUUACAUGUUGCGUGCACUGGUGACUCGAGGGCGGUUCUAGGAAGAAAGGGAGCGGAUGGGAAAUGGGAGGCCAUUCCUCUAUCGAUAGACCAGGCCGGCACGAAUGAAGACGAGGUUGCUCGGCUCUACAAAGAACACCCCGGGGAAGAAAACAUCGUCAAAAACGGACGAGUUCUUGGAAUCAUGGUCUCGCGCGGGUUCGGAGACAGCAGGUGGAAAUGGCCUUUGGAGUUCCAACAAAAGAUGAAAGAUCAUUUCAACGGCCCAGCACCAUUGACACCAAGAUAUGACGUCCGCACACCACCAUAUUUAACCGCCGAGCCCGUCGUGACCAGCACCAAGAUCGAUCCCAGCCAGCCUUCAUUCCUAAUCAUGGCAACGGAUGGAUUGUGGGAUAAUCUGUCCAGUCAGCAGGGCGUCAAUUUGGUAGGAACAUGGCUGGAGUCACGGGCUCAAAAACCUAGCAGUCCAGACCCAGUAUACCUGCCAUUCGACUUUGGUCAGUUCCGCGAAGGUGUGGACUGGAAGUUUGUAGAGGAGCGGACGACCACGCAAGACAAGAACGCUGCAGUGCAUCUUGUGCGCAACUCUCUGGGUGGAAAUCACCAUGAGUUGAUUGCUGGCCGACUUGCAUUUGACUCUCCUUUCUCCCGUUAUGUGCGCGAUGACAUUACGGUGCAGGUUGUGUUUUUCAAUACUGGGGAUAAGUCAUCAUAG